AGACAUUCUGGGCCAAGGGAACUACGAAAGCCAUCGAUCAGCAAUGGCGGAUAGCAGAGAGUCUGUGCUGGGCGCAACGGUCGUGAGGCUGCUUGACCAGCGUUUGGAUUUGCGCGACAGACAGGAAUCACAGCAUUCGCAGCUGGACCAUCGGAGGAAAGCUGCCCUUGAGAUCGAGCAAAAGGUGCGUGCGCUUGCAGGCGAUACGUACGAAAUCAAACGAAUAUUAGAUUGCCUGCAGCGAGAUUAUAUAGAAAAUCAUCGGGAUCCGAGCUGCAGGAAAGGCGGCUUGAUCGGAUUGGCCUCAGUUGCGAUCGGGCUCGAUAGUGAAGUUGGGAAGUUUCUGCAGCAGCUUGUGGACACAGUGUUGAAGCUGUUCGAAGACGGUGAUAACAGGGUCCGGUAUUAUGCUUGCGAGGCCCUGUACAAUAUCGCGAAGGUGGCUAGGGGUUCAGUGCUCGCACACUUCAACGACAUCUUUGACGGCCUUUGCAGACUGUCCAGGGAUGACGACACAGAGGUCAAGCAUGGAGUACAAGUCUUAGACACGCUAAUGCAGUCCAUUGUCACCGAAAGUCACUCGAUGCUUCAAGUGCGGAAGUUUGUUUACCUACUGGCAGACCGAAUGCAGCACAAGAGUCCGUUCAUCAGGAAUAUGUGUUUAUGUUGGAUUCAGUUGUUGCUCAAGGUGCCCGAGGCAGACGUCGUAGUGUAUCUCCAUGUGUAUUUGAAGGGCAUCUUCACAAUGCUUGGGGAUCAAUCCCGCGAGAUUAAGGUCAACGCCGACGCGUGCCUGAUAGAAUUGUUGCGUGCCGUGACGUCCAGCGAGCGUCAAACAGCUUUCCAGAUUAUUUCGGAAACGGCGGCGAUUGUCGUGGGGUGUUGCGUUAGUGCCGAGUCUUGCGAACGGCUCACCUCGCUGUGUUGGGUGCAUGAGUUCGUACGCUUCCAGACCCACAACCACGCAUGGUGCUCAGAGAACUGGGUGAACACUCUACCAGAACUUCUGGCUGGAACACUUGUUUGUAUCGAUGGCCCAGAAGACGAGAUCAAGCGUAUGGCCGUAGAGACGAACGGCGAGUUGUUGGAAUUGACUCACAGGUUUGCGAACGAGAUGAGAGUCGAGCCAUUUGUCGACAAGCUUCUUUCUCAUCCGUAUACGCUGCCGCGCAGAUCCUCCACCCGGAUUGGGGGCUAGCUUGGGUGUUCAGAGCCGCCGCACGGUGCAGCGUUUCAUUGUUGUUUCGUGUUUGCCAGUGGGCGCUUUGAGUGUUGCAUAGGUGUAUGAGUGUACAUGUUCGAAGGCGUUCAGACCGUCUAUGCGGGUCCGACGGAGGAGCAAGAUGUCGCAAUGCGUGACUUUUGUGCGUGGUGGUUCGCAAGGCAGCUUAGACAGAACGGAGAGUGCUAGUACUAGUGUGGACGAAUAGGAUCGC